AUGGACGCUUAUUGCAGGGAGAUCAGGAAGCUUGAAGGCAAAUUCUAUGGUCUGGAGUUCCACCACGUCCCCAGGGACGACAAUGUGGCAGCAGACGUUCUAUCCAAGCUCGGAUCCAAGCGAUCGAUCGUACCACCCGGCGUGUUCAUUCAAGCACUCAACAGCCCGACAGUGAAGAUUGAAGAGGAACCUCCCACAAAGCUCGACUUGGUCCCGUCCAUAGGGCAGCAGGUUCUGACUCUCGACACCGAUUGGCGCUCUCCCAUUAUCGACUUCAUCAAGAACAACAAAAGCUACCCAAAGGGAAAUGAGCAACAGAAGCUUGCUGCCGAUCCAGCAACUACAUCGUUAUAG